AUGAAUGAAUAUUCUGAUGAUAAAAUUUUCAAAAAUGAUCCUAUCUACAUGAAAAGCCUCGUUGGUAGAGAAGUCGAAAUAGAAACUGUCGACAAGAAAAUUCACAGAGGUACAGUCUAUGUGAUAGAUCCAAUUUUCAAAACGGUGGUCCUUCAUACAAAUUUCCGAAGUGAAGAGGAAUUCCAAACCGUUUUCAUACUCCGUCAUGCCAUUGAGUCCUUAAAAACAACCUCUGAAGUUGUGAAAGAAAGUUACCUGAAAGAACCUGCUGAAAAACAAGUUGCCAGUCACAUUAAUCAAAAGAAAUUGGUGACUAAAUGGUUGAAACAUAUGCAAAUUGAUGUGCAGGAGAGUGGAGACUAUCUGAAGAUUGACGAUCACUUGGUGAUAGUUCCUCCUUAUGGACCAGAGAAUUGCAUUUGUAACAACACUUUGAUUUUGGAACAAAUUCAAAAACUACUCAAGUCAUUGCCUGAAGAAUUCAGCUAA